CUUGAUUCCAUAAGUUAAGUCACAGCACGUCAGUUGCUGGCUGACCAGCUGAGUUCCUCUCACUCUGUUCCACACUGCUUGAUGGAGUCUGUGGGAGUGCUAUGCAGCUCCACUGGGGCCGGCUCCAACCUAUUGAGCUUGCCGGCAUCCUGCCCCUGGGAAGAGGAUGAGGAGUCACUGGGUCUGGAAGGAAUCAAGCCCAAAUCUUCACCUAUACCGAGACGACGGAGUUCAUCGUCCUCCGAUGACUUCCUGCCGCCCCCUUCCAGCAGCCGAAGAGUGUCCUUUGCUGACGCCUUCGGUUUGAAUCUUGUUUCGGUGAAACAGUUUGAUGCUUGGGGAGUAACUGACCCAUCGGGCUCUCUGGAGAGUGACUUGAAUGAAGACAAGGAGUAUUACAUGGUUCCUCUCUUCACGCUUCCACAGAGCUCUGAGGAGCUAAUUUUGCGAGUUCACGAGCAGAAGAUAGAACUGGAAAGUUUGGAGUUGCAUUCUGGGACCACCACCCUAAGAGGAAUCGUUCGUGUGCUGAAUAUUAGCUUUGAUAAGACGGUCUACGUACGUACCUCUUUAGAUUCAUGGAAAAGUCAUUUUGAUCUGUUGGCAGAGUACGUACCUGGGUCAAACAGCGGUGGGACGGAUUGUUUCUCCUUCAAACUUACACUAGUACCCCCAUUUGUAGAAGAGGGCACUAGAGUCGACUUCUGUUUGCGAUAUGAAACAACUUUAGGCACUUUUUGGGCAAAUAACAAUGAAAAGAACUACUCUCUGUUUUGUUGUGAGAAAAUCAAGGAGAAACCUCAAAAUGAGAGUGAAAACAGAAGAAAAAGCUGUCUGAAAACAACCAGCUCAAAUGUCUCAGAUUCGACUGUUUCAGCAACAAACAAUGAAGAAUGUCAUGAUGUACAUAUAAAUUCUGGAUCUCAAAACUCUGAGAAGCUUGAAAGCAAGGAAUUAGUGGAAAUCAACAGAAACCGCAGCCGAAGAUGCAGAAGAAAGGCUGCACGAUUAGCAAAAGUCAAGGAGCACUUUGCUAAGAGGGAAGAAGAAAAGAAACAAGGGACCAAGACCAAAGAAAGGGAAGUUUCAGCAGACACCAGCAUGCAGGAACAUGCAUCACUGCUGGAGAAGACACCAUGCAGUUCUCUGUCACAACAAACUGCUCGACCACCAACGUGUAACCAAAUAUCACCCUCUCCAGCUGAGUCCCUUAAAUCUGCUGAGUAUAGUGGAGAUUCCACUGAGAUCAUCAGCCAAGCUCUAACAGAAGAUGAAGAAGACAACAUAAUCCACUCCAAGACUAAUUUAUCCACAGCAAACACAAGUUUACCCCUGGAAGUCUCCAUCAGUUGUCAUGAAUCAAUUGCAUGCUCUGCUUCUGAGGUCUUGGAAGACAUCCAACAUAUACAGAGUGCGUUAAUGACCAAACAGUUUUGA